CUCUUCUUAUAAACAUGGGUGCUGGAUCAAAUUCGGGGGUUCCUGUUUGCUGAACAAAGACUUCAUGGACUGAGCCAUCUCCUCAGGGGAUGAUCAAUCCCUAAAUGAAUUGUGAUCUUCACUAGUAGUAGUUGGUACUUCAGAGGACAGACACUGCUUUGGGGUAGAUUAAGAACCUUCAGGGGGAGGCACAGCUAGGCUGACUUUGAAGUCAAGUUUUGGGGUAGAUCGCAUAUAGUUGGGAAUGUUCAGGGAAGCACACCCUGAUCAGAGACAGGGUUUGUUUGCUGUUUGUGGGCUACUUGGGGACUUCCUGCUUGGGACCCUGAGUAGUCCAGUCCCUUAAAGGUAAAUAAGAAUGGAUUGGUAUACUUAUGGCUGUCAUGUUGGCAGCCUGUCUCAUGCUUGUAUUCUUAGUGCCUAUAUUAGCACCUGGAGACACGGUCUCCUUGUUGGGGUUUCUAUUGCUGUGACGAAACACCAUGACUAAAAGCAAGUCGGGGAGGAAAGGGUUUAUGGCUUGCACUUCCACAUCAUAGCCCAGUCACUGGUCACUGAAGGCGGUCAGGACCGGAACUCAAACAGGGCAGGGACCUGGAGGCAGAAGCUGAUGCAGACAUGGAGGGGUGCUGCUUACUGGCUUGCCUAUCAUGGCUUGCUCAGCCUACUUUCUAUAGAACUCUGGAUCACCAGCCCAGGGAUGGCCCACCUACGGGGCCCUCCCCCAUCAGUCGCUAAUUAAGAAAAUGCCCUAUGGCUGGAUCUUAUGGGGGCAUCUUCUCAAUUGAGGUUCCCUCCUUUCCAUUAACUCUAGUUUGUGUCAGUCGGCAUAAAACUAGCCAGCACACAGGCUAGGUUCUUCUUGGUGCGCCCUCGGAGACCGUGGAACAUUGUUGAGAUCUAGCUGCCACAUAGUUAAGCAAGACUGUGAGGUCUGGUGAGCACAGUACUUUUACUGGGGUUUCUUCCAUAAAGCAUGAGUGGUGUGACCCUUCCCUAGAGUCACAGAGCUGUCGGACUCCUCAUUGGCUAUGUCUGUGUCUGAUAGAAGCCACAAGUGCCCAGGAGUCUCCCCGUCUCCCGCUGGGAGGGAGGGCCUCUACUUAGGCCCUUGUUACACUGGGUGUGUCAUUAAUUAGGGGUGACUCUGGUUAACCUACUGGUUAACCUACUGAGAGGGCUAAGGCCAUGCAUUUAUUUAUUUUUUUAAGGUUUAUUUAUUCUAUAUUCAGUGUUCUGACUGCAUGUAUGCUUGCAGGCCAGAAGAUGGCACCAAGUCUCAUAACAGAUAGAUGGUUGUGAGCCACUAUGUGAUUGCUGGGAACUGAACUCAGGACCUCUGGAAGAGCAGCCUGUGCUCUUAACCUCUGAGCCAUCUCUCCAGCUCCAAGGCCAGGCAUCUAAAUAACCACAAGUUAUUUUGUCAACUGACACAAGCAAGAGUCACCUGAGAGGAGGGAGCCCUAGUUAUGAAAAGACUUCAUGAUGGAUGGCGGAAGGCCUAGCCCACUGUGGUCGACACCACCCUGGAUGGUAUAAGAAAGCAGACCGAGCAAGCUGUAUUGAACAAGCCAGGAAGCAGUGUUCCUUCAUGCCUUCUGCUUCAGUUUCUGCCUCCAAGUUCCUGCCUUGACUUCCCUCAGCGAUAAAGUGUGACCUGAGCGUUCUAAGCUGAAAUAAACCCUUUUCUCCCUAAGUUGCUGUCGGCCAUGGUGCUUGACAGUCUAUCACUGUCUCCACACUGCGAUCCUCAUCCACCGAGAGUAUACAUCUUGAGUCAUAAUCUCAGCCAAGAACCAGCAUUUACAGAUGCCAACGUGGAUAGUCCUGCUUUCCUUGGAGACUCUGGUUUUCAAAACUCUAAGCCUACAAAAUACUGUGUUCUCGUGACUCUCCCGUGUAUUUACUGACCCGUCAUUGCAGCAUACAGCAUUAGACUGGUGCUGGAGUCAGGCUGACUGAAGUCACCUUCUUCUGCCACUACUGACUGUCACUUGACUUGGGAAGUUAAGUACUUUGAUCCCUACCCUCUGUGAGGCGAGGACACUGGCACCUGCCAUAUGGAGACUGCCUUGGGUAAUAAAAGUGGUAACCACACUGUGCCACAGUUUAUAACACAUCCUAUGAGCAUGUGGAGAGGGCCGAACGUGAACUGUGUAGAUAGCACCGGCUACACGCCACUACACCACGCUGCUUUGAAUGGACACAGGGAUGUGGUCGAGGUCCUUCUGAGGAACGACGCGCUGACCAACGUUGCUGACUCGAAAGGCUGCUACCCGCUGCACUUGGCAGCGUGGAAAGGAGACGCCCAGAUAGUACGUCUGCUCAUCCAGCAAGGGCCCUCACACACCAGAGUCAACGAACAGAAUGCUCUUGAGAUCAGAGAACUCAAAAAGUACGGCCCCUUUGACCCUUAUAUCAAUGCCAAGAACAACGACAAUGAGACGGCCCUGCACUGCGCGGCCCAGUACGGCCACACGGAGGUCGUGAAGGCUCUGCUGGAGGAGCUCACGGACCCCACCAUGCGCAACAACAAGUUUGAAACGCCCCUGGACUUGGCGGCGCUGUACGGGCGGCUGGAGGUGGUGAAGCUGCUGCUGGGUGCACACCCCAAUCUCCUGAGCUGCAGCACUCGGAAACACACGCCCCUGCACUUGGCAGCAAGGAAUGGCCACAAGGCCGUGGUGCAGGUCCUGCUGGACGCCGGCAUGGAUAGCAACUAUCAGACGGAGAUGGGCAGUGCUUUGCAUGAGGCUGCUUUGUUUGGCAAGACCGAUGUGGUGCAAAUCCUGCUGGCUGCAGGAAUCGAUGUUAACAUAAAGGAUAACCGUGGCCUGACUGCCCUUGACACUGUCCGGGAUCUGCCCUCUCAGAAGAGCCAGCAGAUAGCCGCCCUGAUUGAAGAUCACAUGACCGGAAAAAGAAGCGUGAAAGAAGUGGACAGGACCUCCACAGCCCAGCUACCUCUCCUCUCCAACACAGACGCCAUAGCACCAAUGUCUCAGGGGAGUAUGGAGAAGACAGUGACUGAGCUGAUCCUUCAUUUUGACACACAUGCUGACGAGGAGGGCCCCUACGAGGCACUGUACAACGCUGUGUCCUGCCAUUCCUUGGACAGCACGGCCAGUGGACGAUCAUCAGACAGAGACUCCAUGAACAAGGAGGCCGAGGCCACCGGAACAAGGGCUGCUGGAGUGAGGCCUAGGGAACGUCCGCCGCCUCCAGCAAAACCGCCACCCGAUGAAGAGGAGGAAGAACGCGUAGAUAAGAAGUAUUUUCCCUUGGCAGCCUCUGAGGGCCUGGCUGUGAGACCCAGGAUUCAGAGUAGUGCUCCCCAGGAAGAGGAGGAGCACCCAUAUGAGCUGCUGCUCACGGCAGAAACCAAGAAGCUGGGGACCACAGACGGGAGGACUGAAGACCACAGGCAGAGCGGCAGCGGCCGGAGCCAGGACUCUGUGGAGGGGCAGGACGGGCAGGUCCCAGAGCAGUUCUCAGGUCUCCUCCACGGCUCCUCCCCAGUGUGUGAGGUGGGGCAGGACCCUUUCCAGCUGCUCACGGCCCCCAGCCAGAGCCACCCGGAGUCCUCCCAGCAGGACGCCUGCCACGAGGCCAGCAUGCAGCUAGAGGAGCCAGGCGUGCAAGGCACUGAACCCCCGCAGCCCGGCGUCCCUGACCAAAGCAAGAGAGUGGGCUUGCCGGCAGGCCUGACAGCCCUGGCCAGCAGAACAUACCUCGAUGCAUUGACUCACACAGUACCUCUGCGCCCUGCUGGUGCCGAGGAAGAAGACCAGAGCGGGCCCAGAAGCAGAGCCCCUCCCACCAGCAAGCCCAAAGCUGAGCUCAAACUCAGCCGCAGUUUGUCUAAGUCUGACUCUGACCUCCUGACCUGCUCCCCCACGGAGGACGCCACAAUGGGGAGUCGCAGCGAGUCCUUGUCCAACUGCAGCAUCGGGAAGAAGAGGUUGGAGAAAUCACCUUCCUUUGCCUCAGAGUGGGAUGAGAUUGAGAAAAUCAUGAGCUCCAUUGGGGAAGGGAUUGACUUCUCUCAGGAGCAGCAGAAGAUCUCAGGUUCUCGGACGCUGGAGCAGAGCGUCGGGGAGUGGCUGGAGUCGAUUGGCCUGCAGCAGUACGAGAGCAAGCUGCUGCUGAACGGCUUUGAUGAUGUCCGCUUCCUGGGGUCUAAUGUGAUGGAAGAGCAGGACCUGAGGGAGAUUGGCAUCAGUGACCCACAGCACCGGCGGAAGCUGCUGCAGGCUGCACGCUCCUUGCCCAAGGUGAAGGCCCUUGGCUAUGACGGGGUCAGCCCCACCUCAGUGCCCUCAUGGCUGGACUCGCUGGGGCUGCAGGACUAUGUCCACUCUUUCCUGUCCAGUGGCUACAGCUCCAUCGACACUGUGAAGAACCUCUGGGAGCUAGAGCUUGUCAAUGUCCUGAAAGUUCACCUGCUGGGCCACCGCAAGCGCAUUAUCGCCUCUCUAGCAGACAGGCCCUAUGAGGAGCCACCCCAGAAGCCUCCAAGGUUUUCCCAGCUAAGAUGCCAGGAUUUAAUCUCCCAGACAUCGUCCCCGCUGAGCCAGAAUGAUUCCUGCACAGGGCGGUCGGCAGACCUGCUGCUGCCCUCAGCAGACACAAGCAGGAGGCGGCACGACAGCCUGCCCGACCCUGGGACCGCCUCCCGAGCAGACCGCUUCCGAGUCCAGGAGGAGCCCAGUGAGACCAAGCUGACCCUCCGUCCACCCAGCCUAGCCGCGCCCUAUGCUCCUGUUCAGAGCUGGCAGCACCAGCCAGAAAAGCUCAUCUUUGAGUCCUGCGGUUAUGAGGCCAAUUAUCUGGGUUCCAUGCUGAUCAAAGAUCUGCGAGGGACAGAGUCCACCCAAGAUGCCUGUGCCAAAAUGCGGAAGUCAACGGAGCACAUGAAGAAGAUCCCCACCAUCAUCCUGUCCAUCACGUACAAAGGUGUCAAGUUCAUCGAUGCUUCCAACAAGAACGUCAUUGCGGAGCACGAGAUCCGGAACAUUUCCUGCGCCGCGCAGGACCCAGAGGACCUGUGUACCUUCGCGUACAUCACCAAGGACCUGCAGACGAGCCACCACUACUGCCACGUUUUCAGCACAGUGGAUGUGAACCUGACCUACGAGAUCAUCCUGACCCUGGGGCAGGCAUUUGAGGUGGCCUAUCAGCUGGCCCUCCAAGCCCAGAAAUCCAGGACCAUGGCGGCCUCUGCAGCUUCGAUGAUUGAGACAAAAUCCUCCAAACCAGUGCCUAAGCCUCGGGUCGGCAUGAGGAAGUCUGCAGUGCCGGUGCCCCCCGACUCUCGCUGUUGUCACUGUCACACCUGCACCACUCACCGUCCUUCCUACCUACCGCUGCCGUCCGUUAGUCCUGGAGUCAAGCUGGAACCACCUGAUUCUGACCAAGAGGCCCCGUCCCACGCUAGUGUUUCCUGGAUCGUGGACCCAAAGCCAGACUCGAAGCGGAGCCUCAGCACCAAGUACGAGACCACUAUCUUCUAAUGCUGCUCUAUCUCCGCUACCCCACUGUGCCUUUGCCACCCGAUCUUCUGCUCUCAACUCUCCUUCAGCUGCGGCCACCAAGGCCCCACCUCCCUGGGACCUGCCCUCCUGGCAGCAGCUCCUGCUUACACCACCCAACACUGUGAAUCCUCCCCUUGGGCUGAGGACAGCUGCGGGAGGGGGUGACUUGCCUUUGAAGGGGGCCUCAUAGGCACCAGAGUGGGGUUGAGGCCCCCAAAGCCAGGCACUGUGAGGUGAGGGUGGUCUUCCAGCAGAACCACAGUAGCUCCCUUUGAGGUUGCUCUCCUCGCCUGGGUCACAGCUGGAUGCCAAGAGCUACCAGUUGUCACCUUUCCUGACCCAACCACCACUGUGACCUCCCAGUGCCAGGAUGCCAUACACACAGCUGCUCUCAGGUGCUGGUUUCUCUCCUGGUCAGGCCCGGUGAUAUGGCUUCACCAGGGACAGACUUUCUGUAGGGGGAAGGUUGGUACCAGCCAUGCCCUUGUGCAUGAGUUGGCUCUGAUACUAUGAGCCGUGACCCUCCUAACUACAGGUUCCCGAGGGACCUGUGUGUGCUUGGCCCCUUUCUGUGCUGUGGGCCUGGUUCCGGAAUCCAGCUCACUGAGGUGUGCCCUGCACACAAGUGCACCUUCUUCCUUCUCGGAGUGGAGCUGCCCUUGGACAGGGUGGAGCCGAGCAGCCUCAGUGGUGUCGGGGAGCGUUCUCAUACUUCCUCUGGUGGUGGGGUCCUGAGACAGCCAUCGUCCAGCAAUCCCCAGCACCUGCCUGGGAGCUAGCGCCAUGGAGCUGAAUCUCGGAGGAAGCCUCACGUGCCCUGAUGUGGAAAGAUCAGUCUAGAUGGCAGGAGACAGAAGUGAUCCCCGUGGCCGUGGUGCAGACAGUAUAGUGCAGUGUCUGCCCGAGCCAGUCAGCACCCGAGCCAUAUGCCAGGGUGGGCCCUUCGGCUGCCUGCCUUUCCUUGUGCCUUUCUGAGCAGAUGGGCCAGGAGCAGCAGUGGGCUGUAGGCUGUGGAGGGCACCAGGGAGGCAGGGACCUUUGUCUGCUCUGUGUCCCUUUCCAUGUCCUCCGCCUUGUGCAGACUCAUUGGUUAACUCUCUCCUCCCCCACUGUUUGCUUCUGCCAAGCUGAGCCACUGAGGAGCCACCCUGCUUUGCAGAAGUAGCCGUGGGGCGCAGGCUCCUGCCCCAGCCCCGAGAGCCUCAUCUGCAACACUGAAGACCCAGGCCCAGUCCUGCUGUAGGACCUCCUGUCGCCUGCUCGGCCUGGGCCUGCCGACACCUGCAGGACCCUGCCCUGGAGGCAGCGAAGACGCCAGGCAUCUAGCAGAGGAGACCGGAACUCUGGAUGGCCCAAGAAGUGGCCUGUCCAGGACAUGUGUUUUUGAUAAGAAACAUAAUCCUUUUUAUACAUUUUUAACACUUGGCUCCGGCCUCUCGGUAAAGCUGCCAAUCUUUAAACAAGACAGGACCUGAGAUGGGCCUGAAACCCUCAGGCAGCCUCUGCCUUCACAAUGGGCUCUUGGCCUGGCUAGAGCCAUGAGGACACGCCCGAGGCUUCCUCAUCUACUGAGGUGAUGACACAGAUGUUUCUGGGGUUCCCAGUGGGGAUAAGCAAGUAGUUUCUGGUGUGGGGGACUCCGGAGUACUCACCUGUCCCCAUUAGCACUGCCGCAGGCAGCUGUCCCCAUGCUGCUGCUGGGCCAAUGGAGCCAUGUUGGAAGGGAGAAGUGGCUUUGUUGGGGCAUUGAUAGCAAUGCCAGUUAUGACUGCAGCUUGCCAGCUGGGGACUGGAUCUGCCUCUCUCUGAUGCUUGUUGACUGUUGUAUCCUGUGUGGCAGGCUGGGCACAUCUGUUCCAGAUGUGGGAAAGGCUAGUCAGGCAACAGUCUUAUCCCCUCCACCCCACCCCCGCCCCGCUACGGUCUUGAAGUCAAGCUGGUGUUGCUUUAGCUCUUCUGCUAGCUUGCUUUGCUUUUUAAAGUGACUUGGGUGGAGAGCCACCUCCUGGGCUUAAGGAGCAGUGAGGGGCAGGCUGCUGGGGUCGGGGGACCAACCAGGCCUCUCUCACCAGCUUUUCCAGAGUAGGGAGCAAAAAAGAGAAGCCCUGGCCCACAGGUACGUGAGCAGGCUUCAGGGUCUCCGGGCAGCACCCAUCCUGGUCCUGGGGACAGGAGGCCAGGCCUGAACAGCGGUUGUGAGCUGCAAUCCUGGGCACUGCCACCUUGUGGCUGCUCAGAGUGGAAAGCAGGGUUUCCCUCUGUAGACCUGCGGGCUGUCUGCCUGCUGCAUUCAGUGCAGCAGCUGCUGGGUACAGCUCCUCUCUGGGAAGGAGCCAGGGCCUCCGCUGCUAGGUGCAGGUAGUACUUCCUCUCCUGCCUCAUGCUCUCUGCCCUGGAAAGCCUCCCUCGGCUCACAGAGAGACCCUUGGUGCCUGGCUCAGUUGUGCCGAGCCCCUUCCCUCUGCCAGAGGUGAGCUCAGUGGGCUCUGCAGUGGGCGCAAAGCCCAGGGAACACUGUAGACACUACGAUGAGUUCAAGCUGCACUCUGUUCUAAAGUCACAGGCAGGCACUUCCUCCUCUUGACGCUGCUAGGUCUUAUUUAUUCAGGGUGUUUUCUACCAGAAAGUCUUGGCUUGUCUGCUCUGCGUCCCUUUCAAGAUUGGUUUCUGAAUAGUCAAGAAAUUCCUCUCCUCCUCCGGGUGGGUCUCUCCUUUUCAGGACAAGUGCCACAUGGAAGGCUCUGCCUUUGGCGCUUGUGUGAAACCAAGGCUGUGCCUGAACUGUGAAGGAGCCGUUCUGGUGGGAAUGGCAAGACGUGCCCAGUCCCUCAUGCAGUGGCCACAGGAUCCCUUGCUUGCCUCUUGGCUGGCCUGCCGCCCUGCAGGCCCUGUGUCCCAGCAGGGGACUUUGGACUCUGAGGUUGCCCACUGGGGGGUUCUGAGAAACCUUGGGUUUGAGCACUCAGAACACAUGGCUGCAAUCAUCAAGACAGUUCACAGUUAGCUUGUGAGGUGCCGGGACCAGCGCCGCAGGUCAUGGGAGUUACUGCUCAUGGUGGACAGUGGGACUGGAUUGUAAGAAAAAUGUUAUUUAAUCUUUGUUUCCAUAUUUUGAUACUUGAAUUCCCCCUUUUGUUUUACUGUACAUAAAAUUGUUAAUCUGUCCGAUUUUGUUUGAAUUAUAAACACCUUGUGGUACCAAACAUAACCAACCUGUGCAUCAGCAUAGACCACCUCACUGCACAGUGUGCACCCCCUGGGCUUCCAGCUCGGUUUCUCACUUCCAUAGCUGUACAGCUUAGGACUGACUAAGCUAAUAAAGGAGAGCGCUAGAAACCGGC